AUGGCGGACGAAAAUACUAAGAAAAUGCACGAGAACGGCGAUUCUCAAAACAUGAAAGCGGGUGAUGUUUUUGCAGGAGCGUUGUUGUUGACUGGUGUAACUUUUGCGUCGAUAGCUAGUGGUUUUGGAUAUGCUAUCGGACAAGCGCGAAGGAGAAGUCCAAGCUCUUUUGACCAACGUCAACAAGAAGGGGCGAAACUAGCCAUGAGAGCUCUCGGAUGGGGCACUGUCCUUGCCGUCAGUGGGGUCGGUCUUCUAAUAUUUGGAGUGAAGACUGCUCUUGGUGUUAAGGAUGCGAAAGAAUUUGCUCUCAAAAUGAAGAGUAUUUUUCCCACAAAGGAUGGAAAGUUGGUUUCAUACUUUGAGCCCUGGAGAAUUCCAAGAAAUAAGGGUAAAGGGAACAGCGAGGAGUGGUGGUCUUCAGAGACUCAAAACACCACAAAAGAGAGAAGAUAAUUAUGCUUGCUGUACAUUCUGAAAUUAACAACAAACUCCCUCAGGAUGACAUACUGGCAUAGUAACUUUGCUACAUGUGUAAAAGAAAGCACAACAAAAAGUGACUUCAGAAGAAACCAAAUAACAUUGAAACAAUGGCAAAGAAGACAUCAAAAAGAAAUUAUGUCUAUAAAACAAUUGUCACUCUGGUCAGGGUUAACAUGGUGAAGUCUUUCUGGCCUAAUUAGCAUCUUGUUUUCCCAUAAUGAAGGAACUUGGGAGCAUUGCUGCUUCUUUUAAGCUGAGGUGCUACUUAACUGAUAAGCUGAGCUACUAUCCAUCAACUUAGCCCCCACUCCAUUUAUUCUCUGGUUCAAAGAAGCAAUGUGUAUGCAUUUAAAGAGUCAUGUCCAAAGAUCUUGAGACCACACUUAAGACCAGGCUCUUGACACAACCUUUCAACCUAUUGUUUUGACUGCUGGGUCACCCCUAGUAACUGUCAAUAAUUUUCUGGCUUGAAAUACAGGACAAUAAUGACUCCCUGGCAACAAGUGUCAAUUGAAUAUGAAUGUUCAAAACUUGUGAUCAGUACUGCACAAUAAAUACUGUGUUUGGAGAUUUAUUUA